GUUUUACUCCUCUUUUUGUUGUCAUUAUUUUUCGUCCAUUUUAUCGAAGAAAUGAAUCCCGAAUACGACUAUCUGUUCAAACUGCUGCUGAUCGGCGACAGUGGUGUUGGGAAGAGCUGUCUUCUGCUGCGUUUCGCGGACGACACGUACACCGAGUCCUACAUCUCCACCAUCGGCGUCGACUUCAAGAUCCGCACCAUAGAGCUCGACGGCAAGACCAUCAAACUGCAGAUCUGGGACACGGCCGGCCAGGAGCGCUUCCGCACGAUCACGUCGAGUUACUACAGGGGCGCGCACGGCAUCAUUGUCGUCUAUGACGUCACGGACUUGGAGUCCUUCAACAACGUGAAGCAAUGGCUGCAAGAGAUCGACCGCUACGCGUGCGACAAUGUCAACAAACUGCUGGUCGGCAACAAAUGCGAUCUCACGGCCAAGAAAGUGGUCGAGUUCGCCGCCGCCAAGGAGUUCGCCGAGAACCUCGGAAUCCCGUUUCUGGAGACGUCGGCGAAGAGCGCGACGAACGUGGAGCAGGCGUUCCUGACGAUGGCCGCGGAGAUCAAGGCCAGGAUGGGACCGGUGGCGGGCGUGGCGGCGCAGGCGGGCCACACCAUCAACCCCGGCCAGACCAAAGACAUCUCCGCCAAGAGCAGCGGGUUCGAGAGUUGUGAGGCUUUCUCGCCGUACUUUCGCUUUGAGUUCUCGAGACAGGAAACAAACGAAAGAAAGAAACGCGAAAUGAAUUCCAAUUACUCGGAGAUUCUGAGACUUCGAUCGCAAGAAUUCUAUUCGUCGUUAAUGUCUUUCGGCGACCACAACAACGCCAACACGUGGUUACAAACGGCCGCCGCCUUCACUCCCAUCGCGCGCUCCAACUCUUCGCUCAGUUUGGACCAAAAGUCGCGGACUUUUCAUCACAACAAUCAAAACGGCAUUCAUUUCAACGAAUUUCAGGAGUUGAGGGAAUGUCGGUUCGGAAGCGAUCGCAACAAACAGACGACACAUCCGUCGAAGUCCGUGACGUCGCUGUCGUCGGUGUCGCCAAAGAGGACGCCGUCGACGACCGCCGCGACGACAGCGACGCCGAAGAGUGUCUCCCAAUCGCGAGCGAAGUCCAGAACUAUUUCUUCCAUUCAUUCUUCGCUUUCCAUAAGUAACGAGAAUUUGAGUCAAAAAACAAAGCAAAAGAAAACGAAAAGUUUGUUCUUUUCGUCGACAACGACCUCAAAGAGCACUUCCAAAGAGAAACCAAAUGACAAAACGGACACCAAUUGUGAAGACAUCCAAGAAAUGGAGAGAAGACGUCGUUUGCGACAACUCUUCAUUCAUUACGACAUUCAGUCGGCGCUCAGUUUGGAUGAACUCUUCAACGACGACAACAACACGACAGCGACGCCAACGACGACGGCGUCCAACGACAACACGACGUCCGGCCCGUCGUCUCUCACGUCGUCCAACAGUUCCGAUUCGGUGACGAACGACAAGAAUGGCGUCAAGUCUGACGACAGCGACGACACCGAUGAGACACAACUCUCCGAAAACGAAUUCAACUCAAACUCAUUGCUCGCCUUUUCGUCCAAUUUUCGAAAUGAAAUCGGCAAAGAAUUGGUUCAUUGUUUGCAUUUGAAUCGUGAGAACAGCGGAAACGACAACAACGACAACCCUGUCGUCAACAAGACGUCGCCUCAACGACCCCAACGUCGCGCCCGUCGUCCCACUCAUACGCCAGCGUUGGCGCGACAGCUGUCGUGUCUGUCGUCGUUCGACAUGUCGUCGGACGUCACUCAGGCGUCGCUCUUAACGAUGUGUGCGAACAAUACGCAAACUUUGUGUCCGUUUUCCAAAGAUUACGAUUUGGAAGAGAAGUGUUUGGAAACGGAUUUCGGAGCGAAUUAUUAUCGCAAAUAUUUCUACGGAUUUUCGCAUCAAAACUGGUUUCAGGUUUUGACGACAAAAGACGACAAGAAGACGACCAAAACUGCGAUCGCUUUGAGUUUGAGAAAGGAUUCGAAAGAUUUGAAGAAAUUUCGUCUCAUUUUGAGAACAAAUCAUUCGUUGAAAGCUUUGAAAGGAUUUCUGAAUUUAAAUCACUUGAAAUCGAACGAAAACGACAUGAACUUGAAAUCGCUUCUGGAACUGCUGUUGCCGAAGAAGUGGACGAAAGACGCGGAGUUCGUGAACACGUGUCGCCUCGGCUUCGACGCCAAGAGCGACGACUUGUUGUUGAAAUUCGACGAAUUAUUGGAAAACAAUUUCUUCAAAAUCGGCAUUUUAUACGCGCGCGACUCGCAGUCCACGGAAGAGGACUUCUACAACAACAGAGACGUCUUCGACGACGACUUCGACGCCUUCCUGGCGGCCAUCGGGACGCGCGUGCGGCUCAAGGGCUACAAAGGCUUCCGGGGCGGUCUCGACGUGACGACGGACACGACGGGUUCGCACGCGUUCGCCACGACUUAUGACGGGAGGGAAGUGAUCUAUCACGUGAUGUCGGAGCUGCCCUUCUCGCACAACAAUCGGCAGCAACUGCUGCGCAAGCGCCACAUCGGCAACGACAUCGUCACGAUCGUCUUCCAGUCGAAGCACUUCCGCGGCCGCGCCUUCGACCCCUCCGUCAUCCGCUCGCACUUCCAGCACGUGUUCCUCGUGGUGCGCCCGCAUCACAACGGCUACCGCGUGGCCGUCGCGCGCCACAAAGACGUGCCGCCGUUCGGACCGCCGCUGAAGCCGUUCUAUCGGCGCGAAGAGUUGCGCGCUUUCCUGUUGGCCAAAGUGCUGAACGCGGAGAACGCGUGCCACCGCUGCGCGAAGUUCAAACAGAUGGCGCUUCGCACGCGCUUCGAAUACCUCAACGAUCUGUUCCAGAAUUUCACGACACAGACGACAGUGUCGUCUCUGCAGUCGUCGCUGUCGUUCCCGACGUCCUCUUCGACGCAACAAUUGAUUCAAUUCUCGCAGAACUUUAAUAAAUACUUUUCGCAAAUGUUUCCCAAAAAGACGGAAAAACAGGCGAAGAAUAAGCCGAACGACACGACGACGACGACCGGUGGCGACGCGUUGACGUCCGUCAAGACGUCCACAGAAUCCAAGAAUAUAUUCCUCGAAAAUGAACUGUUUUUCGGUGCAAAACUAUACGAAGCGAUUGACGACGUGUUGGACGACACGAGUGGACGACGACAUGACGACGAGCGACGACACGACGUGACGACGAGUCGUCUGAAGUGUCACUCAUUUCAACACAAUGUGGACGUCUGUGACGUCAAGAUUCUGUUGAGUCAAAACUUUCUUCUGGUUUUGUCGAAACGAAAAGUAUUAUUUGUCUUACAAUUGGAACAAAUCAUUGGAUUCUUGUUAACGAAUGGCGAGAAAAGUCGCGAUUCUUGGAACGCGAACGCCAUUGAGAUCCAAUUCAAAGUGUAUUUCCAUUUCGGAGAACUUCUUCUCCUCAAAGAACUGCUUUUCGACGCGAAUCCGACGGACAGUGAGUCACGUGACGCCAACAUCGAACGCAAUUCGCUGCUCUUCGAACUCAAAGCGGAUCUGAUGACCAAAAUCCGGUCCAACUCGCGAGAGGGCGCUCUGAGGACGCGGCAGAUGAAAGCGGUUGUGUUGCGGCGGAACGCGCUGUCGUCCGACGCGUCCUUCGGUUUUCACAUCCAAUCAAAAGCGUUGAAUUGCGCGCAAAAUGUGUGCGUUUUCGUCACCGAAGUGAACGAACACGCGCUGCGGGUCAACGAACUGCGCAGAGGUCAACGACUCCUCGAAUUGUGUCAUUUGUCGCUCAUUUCUCUCAACUAUCAAGAAAUCCUCGAUUUCCUCAAAACCUCGCAAAACGUGUCCAUAGCUUUGGUGCAACCGCUGGCCGACGGCUCGCCGCGAACCAACGGCUGCUUCUCCGCCUUUUGCUCCGCUCAGGCGCUCCAAAACUCGAAUCAAAAUCUUCAGCAAAACGAUUACGAAAACAUUCAAACUGUUGUCAAACAGGAUAUCGUCCGUCCAUUGGUCGUCGCCGACCGCCAGACGCCUGUCCUGUCGUCACUGACGUCGUUGGCGACGACACCGACGCCUCCGACGACACGAAGUCCGCAACACGUGAUGAACGUCUACAACACUGGACGACAGCACACGUCGCCGACGCACACCACGAGUCAUAGUCAGCGCCCGCUUCACGUGAAGAGCAACCAAAUGGCGCACCACUUCCAGAACGCCAAUCACAUGUCGUCGCAGUCGUCCACAGCGUCGUCAACGCUUCAGGAGGAUCUGAUAAAACUGAUAACUCUGAACGACGGCGACGACGAGACGACGGAACGGACGCUCGACUCCAACAGUCACUCGUCGUCGCGUUACUCCACCGCCACUUCCACGCCCUACUCGUCGCUCGAGCGCCCGUCGCCUGAGAGCCGGCGGCCGUCCCUCCCCACCACCAAAAUGACGCCACGACGACAGCCGAUGACGACGGCGGACGACGACUGUGUCGUCACUGUCGCCAAACCCGCGUUCGUCGUCAACUCGACGUCCGCCGUCUUCGCGCGCAAACAACUCAUUGACGACACUUUGAACUCGAAUAUCACGACAGAUCACGUGUUGGCGGAGGAAGAGCUGCAAUGGCCGCCGCUCGCCGCCAACCACGACACUCACCUCAAGGAACAAGUGAAAGAGUUGUCGAAAGAAAAGUUACGAUUGAAUGAAACGAUCCGUCAGUUGAAGGAAGAGAACCAAAGACUGCACUUCGAGUCGCAGACCGCGAGCCAACAGUUGCGCAAAUUCACCGAAUGGUUCUUCUCGUCGUCUUCGGGCGACACAAACGACGACCAAAACAACUCUUAACUUAUUUUUCUAUUAUUUAUUGCAAUAAAAGACGUUUUUUAUAUCCUAACCACAAA